AUGUUCUAUGAUAUUAAAAUAUUUAAAUUAGGGUUGUAGGAAUAAGUUAUUGAAUCAUGGGAUGAAGCUAUAAUAAAAAUGAGAAAGUACAAGAAUUUUAUGUUGAAAAAAGUAUUUUAGAUGGAACUAUUUUUAGUUAAAGCUUUAAAUGAUUAAAAUAGAUAUCAAGAGGCUAUUCAAAAUUGAAAUAUUGUAAUCAAUUUGUAAUUAGAUAAUUAAAUAGAAAUAUAAAAUUGGAAAAGUAUCAAAUAGCCUUUUUCUAUUUAGUGAAUAUCUUAGAAAAAUAAAGUAAUAUUAGAGAAGCUCUAAAGAUAUCUAGAAUUAAUGGAACAAUUAGAAAAAUAUAUUAAAAACAAAUUUGA